GAAAGAAAGAAAGAAAAGCACUGGGACCUGCUCCGGGUCCAGCAGCAGGUGGUCAGUCAAGGAACUUACUAGAACAUCCUCAGCCUGCUGGCCUAACACACAGCGGUCUUACGUCACGGCAGAGUGUGGCGACACAUGAUAAACUUUUGUGCAGAGAAAGCAGACCUCAGAGCUACAGGAGCGCCAUGUAAAAUGACGGGGGCAGAAACCCCUGCAGGGGACAGCUGGUGAUGGAGGGCUGGAAAGAGGCUGCACAGACGUCUGCACCGUCAGGGGCACCACUCUGUAAAAUACUGAGGCCGAGAAAGUGAAUGGACAGUGAGCCGUUCCCCUCCAGGUGGGCCACGGCCAGGGGGGGCUCUUGGUGAUGUGUCCCUCUCUGGUCCCCCGUCCUCACCCUGGUGACUGCCCUGUGAGGGCCCUUCCCAGGGAGAGAGACCAGCCCCGCCCGGGGUCACACAGCCCUGCACCUUGUGCCUGCAGGAGUCAUCCUGCCUGACGGAGACCUCCCUCUCCUCCCCUCGCCUUGACAGCCAGCCCUGGCAUGGCUCCCAGCCCCCCACAGUGACCGAGGGACAAAGGACAGCUGCCCAGCCUGACUUCACGUCAGAGGAGGCCCAGUCGUCCAGUCUUCUGCUGCCAUCUCGGACACGCUGGCAGCCUGUACCCCCUGGGCCAUCUCCUGGACCGCCGCCCCUUCUCACCCCCACGAGGCCAGCAGGCAGGGUGGGACCUCUUGCGACAGAGAGCAAGUCUACUCACUCGGCAAUGUCAUCACUCUCCCUACCCCCACCCCAGGCUCGGGGAGGCCAGGCGCUGCUAAUGGUCAGUCUGCCCAGCCUGGUGUGGACGUGCCAAGUGCCAACGAGCCCCUGGGGGCGGCCAGUGCCAGGCUGGAGUACCCAGGAGAGGAGGUAGGACAGCUGCAGCCCCAAGAUGUAAACAGGCCGAGCGGCUGCAGGUAUAAAAGCUGGAGCCCCCGCAGCCUCUCAGCACCCCCAGCCUGACCCGCCUUCCCAGAGCCCUCGAAGAAAGCCAGGCGAAGGGCCAGGAUGGACGAGGACUUCUCCUCCCAGAUGAAGAAGAUGGCCUUGGCCAUGGGCACAUCCCUGUCAGACAAGGACAUAGACCUGCUGCCCACCGACAUGAGGCACCAUGGCUCCUUCAACUACAUCAAGUUCUUCGAGUACAUGCAGAAGUUCCCGGCCUCGGGGCAGCAGGAGAGUGUCAUCCGCAAGGCUUUCCAGACCCUGGACAAGGACAAGAGCGGCUUCAUCGAGUGGAAUGAGAUCAAGUACAUCCUGCACAUCAUCCCCAGCAGCGGGCCCACCACCCCACUGACGGACGAGGAGGCUGAGGCCGUGAUCCAAGCAGCCGACACGGAUGGGGACGGGAGGAUUGACUUUGAAGAAUUUUCUGAAUUGAUCAAAAAGGAGAACAUUGCAAAGAAGAAGUAGCACCACGUCCAGCCCCAGCCGGCUGAGCAUCCCCCAAGGGGCACCGUGGGUUUCGCGAGUGCCCCAUGGAGGCCAUGGGAGCGGACGCAGCUUGAGGCAGGAAAAUGGAAGAAAAACAGCAUUAAAUGAACCGCAGCCCAUGUG